AGAGAGAGCAAGAGAAAGACAGAGUAGAUUAAAAGAAUGAGGAGAAGUGUCGUGCGCAAAUAGUGAGUCACUGAAGGAAGUGAAAGAAACAGAAAAACCUAGUCGAACAUUAAUAAAAAAAAGUAUAGGCGGAGGCAAGUGAGAAGGAGAGAGAGAAACGAUCUAAAGGCGAGCGCUUGCUUCAGAAUCAGAGAGAUUUUUCGUUCAGGGUGAAAAAAAAAAGUAAAGAAAAGAAGGAAAACUACAUCAACGUGCGUCGAAGCGACCACGACGUCGGACGUUAAGUCGGCGGUGGCUCUUUUUCGUCGGUUAAGUUAGUCUGUAAGGUAAUCUAAAGGUUUUAGUUAGGGUUCAGGUGUAAAAAGAGAGAAAAAGUGAAGUAUUUGAAGUUAUUUCUUUUAUACGUAAUUUGUUUUGUUUUUGAGGGAAAAAUUUAGUUGUAUUUUCUCCUAUUAACUUCGUACAAGGAAAAAGGGAAAACUUUACCAUCAUCAUUCACCAUGUCGGUACUUACCUUGGAAGCUAAACUGGAGAGACUGGACCCUAAUACUCCUUGGGGAUUUCGCAUGCAAGGAGGCAAGGAUUUUCAUUCCGCUUUGAUGAUUCAAAAAGUUACAUCAGGAAGCUUGGCUGCCAAAUGUGGACUCCAAUCAGGAGAUAUUAUUUUGAGGAUUGGCAAGUUAGUUACUGAAACUCUCAAACACAAAGAAGCACAAGAUGCCAUUCUUUCUUAUGGAAAUAAACUUGAUCUUUUAUUGCAAAGAAUCCGUGAUAAGAAGAAAAUCGUCUUAAACAGCCCAUGGAGUUCUUCAACAGGUGUCUUAGACAUCAACAAGUUGAAUAUAAAUUCAACUGCGGCGGCACCACCAAGUCCAAUACCAUCCCCUAUACCAAGACCUGUUUCACCUCUGCCACCAAAACCUGUUACACCACCACCACCACCACCACCUCCACCUGCGCCGCCUGCUUCUUCUGGUUCUGGACAAUCGGACAGUUUUGGACCUUUAUAUUGUUUCUCUUUGUCUGACAUGUAA